ACAACUUUAUCUUAUUAAAAUUCAACCCAAAAUAGAACAAAUUCGAGCGAUUCUUGGGCACACUUGAGUGAGCCAGAGAUUUGCCUGUUGUCUCGUUAGGCUAAAGAUUUGGGGAAGCAAAGCAAGGUGUGGUGGCCGGUGGGGACAUGGAAACCCCCAAAAGCCGCACCCUUUUAGCUUUGUAGUAACAUGAGUGAUUACUGAAAGAGGGUAUUGGUGGGUGUCCCAUUCAUAUCUGACUUCCUCCUCCUCAUAAAACGCGUUGAAUUUUGAAUCCCCCAAAGUACGUUAAAAUUUCAUUAAAUAUGGACUCACUUUCUUUAAAGUUUAUAUGCUGUUUCUGGUCUGCAUGGUCAAGAUUGCUCUCAUCUUCUUCACCACUUUUUACUUUUUUUUUUUUUUUUGCAUUUUGUUAUAACAACAACCCUUAAUUGCCCUGAUUCGACAUUGGGUGUUCUAACCUUUUUAAUUCAAAUUUGGGUGCUUUGUAAUUCAUUAAUUAACUAAUUAGGUAAUUAGAAGUAUUUCAAUUUGAGAAAUUGGGGAAUUAAUUAAGAUUUUUGGGGUACGCACAUUGGGUAGAGGCGGGGGCGGGAGAAUUGUUCCGAAAAGAACAAAACGGCGGCGUAUGAGCUUAAAACCCGGGAAGAACGAAAAUGGGGAAAGUCUGAAAAUUUUAAAAAUAGAGCCAUAAAAUCUGAAGUGAAAGGUUGGUCGGAAUGGAAGAGCGCGCGACCUUAAUGUUUCUGCGGAUUCACUUAAUUUGGUUUUCAUGUUUUGAAAACCAAAACUGGCGCUUCUCAUUUUCCCCAAAAUCUAUUACCAAUUUCUUUCUUAGUGUACAUAUUCUACCCGCGCCACCGCCAAUUCCUCACCUAAACCAACACCCAACAUACCCACUUCUCCUUCUCACUUUGUCUUUUCCAGCCCCCCUUUUCAGAUCCCAGGUCGACUCUUAACUAUGGCGGAUAAGGAGAAUAUAUUUCGACUCACUCGGGGUUCUAAGAAGAGGUCCGCCGAGGCUGCUACCCCCCACGAUCGCUCUGCCAACAAGAGGAGAGUCGUUCUCGGAGAGCUUCCUAUUUUACAGAAUGCUACUUCUUCUUCCGUCGAUCGGACUUCCAGGUCCAGACCCAGCAGGCAGAGACGGAGACUCAAAUCGAGGGAUACAGCGGAGACAAGUGCGGCCGCUCAAAUUAAUACGCUUCCGGAUGCUGAUGUCAAGCUAUCGGAUGAGGGCAAUUCCGAAGACCCGCAAAUGUGCACGCUUUUCGCCUCUGAUAUUUACGAGUACCUUCGCGCCAUGGAGACUGAUCCACGAAGAAGACCUUUACCAGAUUACAUCGGGAGGGUACAAAAGGAUAUAAGUGCCAAUAUGAGGGGGAUUCUGGUGGAUUGGUUGGUUGAAGUUGCAAAAGAAUACAAGCUUGUUUCAGACACUCUUUACCUCUCUAUUUCAUAUGUUGACAGAUACUUAUCUCUAAACGCAAUCAGCAGGCAAAAACUUCAAUUGCUGGGGGUUUCUGCCAUGCUCAUUGCCUCAAAGUAUGAAGAAAUCAGUCCUCCGCAUGUUGAAGAAUUUGUUUAUAUAACAGACAAUACCUACAAGAGAGAAGAGGUGGUUGAGAUGGAGGCAGAUAUAUUGAAAUCACUGGAAUUUGAACUUGGGAGUCCCACAAUAAAGACAUUUUUAAGGAGAUUCACAAUGAUUGCUCAAGAGACUUACGAAUUUAAUACUUUGCAAUUUGAAUUCUUGGGCUACUAUCUUGCUGAGUUAAGUCUACUAGACUACAACUGUGUCAAAUUCUUACCGUCUCUCAUUGCUGCAUCUGUUAUAUUUCUAGCACGAUUUAUGAUCCAACCAAAGAAGCAUCCUUGGACCUCCAGGUUGGAGCAUUUUACUGGAUACAAGCCAGCUGAUAUGAAAGAUUGCGUUCUACUUGUACAUGAUUUAUACCUUAGUAGAAGAGGAGGCGCUUUGGCAGCUAUAAGGGAGAAAUACAAACAACAUAAGUACAAAUUUGUGUCUAUCAUGCCUUCACCUCCAGAGAUUCCUAUUCCAUAUUUUGAAGAUGUUAGAAUAUGACUGUACAAGAUGACAAUAGUAGUUAGGAGCUUAGUCUAUGGGAGCGAAUAGAAAUUUAUAUUAGAUAGGAAUCUGAAUUCCAGAGGCAUGGUUCAGUUUCAAUCUGUACAAGCUCUAUAGGGCAUUAGUUGAGAGUCGAGUGUCUACUCGGAAUGGAACACAUUUUUGUGCAUUGGAAGGCAAGCCAAAGCAUGAAGCCAAAGCUUGCAUUUUUCCCACAACAUUACUGCAUUUUUUUCUUCCCUUGUAAAGAUUUCUUUUGAAAAAAACAGAUAACCCAACGUUAUUAGAUUUUAGGGUGUGUUUAGUACUGUACAAAAUUCAGCAAAUGCACAUCAUGCAUUGGGCCGGAAGCCCAUUUGAAGCAUAGAGUUUCUGAAAUUUUCUUUUUCGAAGUUCGAGUUGGCAAUGUACAUAAACCACAUGUCUAAUAAUUGCAAGAACUAAAAAGGGUGCCUUGAAAAGCAUCAAAUGUAGCACAUUGUCGUGCAUGCAUUGUUAAAAGUUUUCUGAAGGGGCAAAUGGUCUCUAACUUCGACAAGGAUUGCUCGAAGAGGGAAAAGGCAGAAGCGAGAGAAGAGAAGAGCCAGGAUGGAUAUGCUGCUACGAAUGCUUUAUUUACGUAGAGGCUUAAAAUGAAAAUGACCCUCUGCUUCAGAGGUUGAAGGGACUGAAAGCUAGAAAGAAAAGCAGCACGAUGGUAGAAAGAAUAUUAAAAAGGCUUCUGCUGAAAAGGAAAAGUGGCCUCGUCUCGUCUGCUGUGUUGCUGGUCUUGCAGUGUCCAUGGAAGCUCGGCUGCUUCUGUUAAUGGCGAUUUUCACUCUUCUGGUCUCCGGAGAAAGCAAAGGGACAAUGGGGGUCGUCGUCAUCCAUCAACAUCCGCCGUCAAAAAUGCAGGAGAAGCACCGGAAGCAGCUGCCGUCGCCGCCAUGGAGACACUCAUUCAGUGCGCUCUUUGCCAGCAAGAGGAAGGUCCCAAACACUUCGGAUCCUCUCCAUAAUCGUUGAAGCGCUCUGGGAAUGGAGACUACGUCCGAUUGUCGUAUGAAAUAUGGUCAAAAUGAUGGUGUUGACUCUAUUGGGAGGCGUGACCACGUGGACUUCUGGUUUGCUUGCCUUCCUUCAGCUUUUUCCUGGGUGCAACCUUUAUGGGGAAAUGCGUCCUCCUUUGUUUCCUUUUCCAAAUAAUUUUUGUAAGAUUCAAUUAAAUAUAUAUAUUAUAUGCUCUUCCACAGAUGUGUUCUCU